AUGGGCAACGCCAGCGCCAGGGAGGAGGACGCCGCGGCGGCGGAGGAGGCCGCCGACGUCGAGGACGGCGCCGGGGACUCCUCCUCCGCGGCCCGCGGCUUCCCGCCGUACGGCGGGGGCGGCAACCACGUGCGCCGCGCCUGCUCGGUCGGCGUCGUGGGCGGCGGCGGGGGGCCCGGAUCGCCGCCCGGCAGCCCCGGACGCUCCCUCUCGCCCCGGAUGUUCGUGCCCCAGACGCCUGUACCUCCAUUGGUAAGACCUGCCGAUGUAACUCCAGUGUUCAAUGAAAUACUGAUGAAGGAACAAGAAGAAGAAUUUGAUGGACCCCCUCAAAAGGAAAUUCCUGCUUUGAUUGUGUGGACUCUUGGAGGAAAGAGUGUAUCUGUUGAAGGAUCAUGGGAUAACUGGAAAUCAAGAAAACCCAUGCAGAAAUCUGGGAAAGAUCAUUCUCUCUUGUUGAUUCUUCCUUCUGGAGUUUAUCGUUAUAGAUUUGUCGUAGAUGGAGAGAGGAGAUGUUUUCCUGAUCUUCCCUGUGAAACUGACGCCAUGGGCAAUGCUGUUAACCUUCUUGAUGUUCAUGAUUUUGUUCCUGAGAGUGUUGAAAGUGUAUCAGAAUUUGAGGCCCCUCCAUCCCCAGAGUCUAGCUACAGUUUCCAGUCACCCGAGGAAAAGGACUUUGCCAAGGAGCCGCCUGCUCUUCCAUCUCAGCUUCACCUCGGCGUUCUUAACUCACAGCACUCGGAAGAAGUAUGCGCACGACCCCAGCACAUUGUCCUGAACCACCUGUUCAUUGAGAAGGGUUGGGGCGCCCAUCCGCUGGUAGCUCUUGGUGUAACCCACAGGUUUGAGUCGAAAUAUGUAACAGUCGUCCUGUAUAAGCCCAUAGAAAGAUAGCGUAGCCGCCACAUGAAGUCGAUGCUAAUGCUUGACAACUCACACUGCGGAACCAGCAAAGAACAGCAACAUCGUGGCCUCUCUUCCUGUAAAAGCACACUUGAGGUACAGGAGUAUUUUCGAU